AAGAAAUUGAAUGGUGAAAAGGAAAGUCAGUCAGGUGCCGAAUCCCUCCUUCAGAGAUUGGCGGGUAACCUAGCAACGCAGGCACAGCGGAAGGAACUGCGCUGAGAAACGUGCAGCCCUUAGAGCAGGGUUGCCAGAGACAAUAACAGCUGGAGACCUGUGCAGUCUAACCUCGUCUUGAUCUCCCAGGGCGUAAGGAGGCAAGAAGACUGCUCAGAAAAUGGCUCUAGAUGCCCUCGGUGUGGCCCCUCUCUACCAGGGCCCCGACAUCAACAGAAUGAAGCUGACGGCAGAGCCAUCCAAGAAGCCAGCCUCCCUGCUAAAACCCUUGGUCCCCUCCAAGUCCAAACUCACCACCAUUGAGGCCGAGAGGGUCAUGUCCGUACUGGACGAGACCAUCCACAAGGUGGAGUUGGUGACCCUGCUGUCCUACAUGGCUUCCAAUUACGAGACCUUGGAGGGGGUGCUGGGGCAGGACAUCAUGAAGGCUGUGAGCGAGCACGAGGAUCUCUGCCGCAGCCUCCUGGACACUGUCUUUUACCUGCAGGAUAAAGAAAGGCGAUUGCAGGAGGAGGAAGAGUUUAAGGAGGAAGGGUGGUUCAGAGAUCGCAUCCUCUCCGUAGAACUGCAGAAAUCCAGCCUCCCACCCCUUAUGCAGCAGAUCAAAGAAUCCACCAAGGACACCCUGAGACUCUUGCUCAAUAAUCCACAGGCGGUGAGGCUCUUGCAGACGUACACCCUGAGCAGAAGCGCCGAAGCCCAGAAUUUCAUCGACUGCCUGAUAGAACUGCGGGGUUUCCUCUUUGAGAAGCUACUCACCGGCCCCAUGGAAGCUCGAGACAAGAGUCAGUUCAUACAGGAUAUCAAUAUACGGAACAGGAGGAAUCAAGGAAUCAUCAACACUCUUGAAAAUGAAUUGGUGGCCAGCGUGAAGAACAGGGACGCGGAGGUGGAGAAGGAGAACUUUGUGAUCCAAGAACUGAAAAACCACUUGCACCAGAUGCUCAAGCUCUCGGAGAACAGCCUCCUUCGCACCAAGCAGGAGGCCAAGAAGCAGCAGAAGGCUGACUUCCGGGCCUCGCAGGCCAGGGUGGCCAAGAUCCAGCAGGAGUUACUCAUGCUGAGGUCCCAAUACCACAACCUGGUUGUGGAAAACUGGGAGGCAGAGCAGGCGCUGAGGAAGAAGAAAUAUAGAGUGGAGACGGAAAUCGAGAACUGGAUCCAGAAGUACGACAUGGAGAUGGGUGAGAAGCAGGAAGAGUACGAGAAGCUUGACCUCAUCCACAAGGAGGAGAAGGUCCAGCUGGAGGAGCUGAAGCAGAAGUGCGACGUCCUCGUGCAGGAGUUCUCCCAGAUCCGGGCCAAGCGGGAGGUCAACGCCAAGAAGAGAACAGAGGCGGAGCAGGAGAUGCUGCGCAUGGUGCGGGCCGCCACGCUCAUCCAGGCUUUGUGGAGGGGCUACCUGGUCCGCUCCAUGCUCAAGUCCAGGAAGAAGAAGCGGAGCAAGAGCAAAGGGAGGAUCAAGGAGAAGAGCAAGGCCAAGGCCAAGGCCAAGGGCAAGGCCAAGAAAUAAAUCUCCCCCUGGGGGCCUGGCUCCUGGCCUGUGCCACCGGGCUCCUCACUUCCCACAGAGCAGGCCAGGAGGCCACAAGGAGGGGGAGCCUUGCCAUUCCUGGCCUGAAUGGUUUUUCAAAGUUAAAAGCCGUUUAAACCACAUCCUGUAAAUAAAUGUCCCUUUGCCCAGGG